UGUUGUUUUCGUGGAGCAAAAGGAGUCGACAUCUUUACGCGCAGGGUUUUCUCCUCGAGAUGUGCGGAUUUUAGGCCAAAUUCUUCUGCUUUAACCACAGCUGUUUGUUUUAAAUCAACACGUGGGACCAAAUCGCGUUGUAAUAUCGUUUUUUGGCUUAUUUGGCUUCUGGAAAGAUGGGCAGUCAUUACCAGCGGUCUGUGCCUCUGGAGGUGAGGAGAGCUGAAGGAGAGCGAGUCCGGGCAAAACAUCCGGACAAAAUCCCGAUCAUUGUGGAACGAGCUCCAAGGUCCCGAGCCCCAGAACUGGACAAAAAGAAAUAUCUAGUGCCCUCAGAUUUAACAGUGGGUCAGUUGUGUUUCUUGAUACGUCAGCGCGUGUCUUUGAGGCCAGAGGAGGCGCUGUUCUUCUUCGUCAACAACUCCCUUCCCCCCUCCAGCUCUCCUCUCUCAGCUGUUUAUGAGGAACAUCACGAGGACGACUUAUUCCUGUACAUGACCUACAGUAACGAGAGCGUGUACGGCUGAAGAGACGGAGACAGAGACAGAGAGACGGGGCUCGGCUUUAACAUCGUCCACUUUGAAACGCAUGGAUCCAAACGUCGCGCCGGUCAACAAGUCCACAAGCCGCAAAAUAUAUCGAUCUAAAAUUUAAAGAUAGACUCAUUUUCACACCUUGAGAGUUUUGGUUGCAGUUGUCGAGAUGUAAUGGAAACAGAGAUAUGUCCUUUAGAAACUUUAGCGUGAUUAUGUCAAACUGAAGCUGAUCAGACGAAGAAUUUGAUUUGUAAUUCCUUUUGCGAUUACUACAUGUUACCUAUUUGUAAAACUCAAUAUUUUAAGUUUAAACACUUAUUUGAUAACACAAAAAUCCCUGUGUAAUUCUCAUACAGUGUUGAAUAUUUACACACUGCAAAAGGGGGAUUUAAUUACUUGGUUUGAGUUAUUUACAUAAAUCUAAAUGCUAAUACGGCCCUAAAUAUUUCACUUUCGUGUUCAUUUUAGCCUUGCUUGGAAUUCUUCUUACCCCAGAUUCAAAUAUGUUUACUCAGCAAACGCAAUGAAUUUGAAACAAGUCUCUUAAUGCAGAUGGAUCAAGAAAGAAUCGAAACUUGCCCAGACGUCUCAAGAUCUAAUUUCAGGUAAUAGGAUUACAAUAAUUCAAAUGUUUGCCUAAAAUUGCGGCUACGUGCAACUAAGUCCCUGUAUUUUGCUAUGGCUGGAUUAUGUUCUCGCCAAGCCCUGAGCGAGGAGAGGCCAAGACGAGAAAGACAGAGGAGGGACGAGUGCGUUUUAAGUGUUUGUAAUGCUACAGUACUUACUUAUUAUUAUAUUAUCCCAAUGCGUUACUUCACUGAGGAUGGCUUAAGGGUUGGGUUUAUGUGAGUAUUUCUGGGUUAAGCAUGAUUUUUUAUUAUUGUUAGUACUUAUUUUGUUGAUUUCGUUUUAAAACCAGAAAUUGUUUGGGGGAAAAAAUGCAAGAAAGAAGCACAGAAAAGCCAAGUUAUUAAAAAAAAAAAAGUGUUGGAAAAACUCUCGUCUUUCUCCGUCAUCUGUAUUUAAUGCACAUAGUAUUUUUUUGUAAAUUAAGGUAAACUUUUGUUGAGAAUAAAUUUGAAAAUGUAAAAA